UGUUGAGUUUUCAAACCCAGACUUACAAGCCUUUGAAACUUUUUUUUUCAGGUUUGAAUUAUGGCAGGAAACUGACUCCAUACAUCUCACAGUAACGCACACAUCUUUUGCAGCGCUGAGAGCGCGCCCAUGAAAUAAUGGUCAGCAAUAGAUUACUAAUAUAGGCCUACAACAAACAAACGUCAGACUACCACACAUAGAGAAUAUAUCCUCCUAUCAUCUAUCAACAGUUGAAAUAGACACAAAUAAUGAAAAAAGUCACCUUCUUUUUGUGGCCAUAUGCAUACCCGUGCUGCAGCGUCAGCAUUGGAGUCAGGAGUGGAGGCGCUAGAAACCUCUCGAGGAAACACUGCUUCUCAUGUCAGAGAUAAGAAAGCAAUCUUGGAAUAUAUCCAAUGUUGUUUGGUAACGCCCAUUCUUAAAAUAAACUCAAAAAUGAACUUUGGUUGCAAAAUUGCAUUAUUCUCCCCUCGAAAAUGCUUUACCGGGAAUCAAUCAAUGGCAUGACCGUGAAUCGGAAUGCACAUUAUUUGUCAUGCAUUUUCAAGUCACGAAAGUCAAUCUCAUGGGAGAGGUCAGAUCUUGAUAUGAAAUACAAUCUUGGCAACUCCUCAAACUGGUAGGUGGAGUCCAGCAUAUAGCCCUAUAAAUAGAACAUCCAUCGUUGGAGUACAGUACAGAAGACAAAAGCCUACAACAUGAGUCUCACAGACAAAGACAAGGCCCUCAUCAAGGGAUUCUUUGCCAAGAUCUCCAGCAAAGCGGUGGAGAUCGGACACCAGACGCUGGCACGCACAAUCGUCGUCUACCCCCAAACCAAAGUCUACUUCUCCCACUGGAAAGACCUCGGGCCCGACUCCCCCAACAUUAGGAAGCAUGGCUACACCGUGGUGAAAGGGGUCCUGGAUUCCGUCGACCUGAUUGACGACCUUGUCGGUGGUCUUCUCGAGCUCAGUGAGCUCCAUGCUUUCCGUCUGCGCAUUGACCCCGCAAACUUCAAGAUCUUGAACCUCAACCUGGUGGUCGUGCUGGGAUUGAUGUUCCCAGAUGAUUUCACUCCUCAGGUGCAUGUUUCUGUCGACAAAUAUUUAGCUCUAAUUUGUCUGGCAUUGUGCGAAAAGUAUAGGUAAAAACCCAAUACGAAAAAUGCGAAAUGGUCAUCAUCGGCACGUGUCUGCAUCGAAAUAUUUGCAAUGUUCAUCGACACAUGUCUGCAACGAAAUAUCUGCAAUGUAAAUCAUUGACGCAUGUUAUAUGAAAU